AUGGCGUCUGAGGACAAGGAAAUGGACUACACCCUCAACAACCCCGAUACCCUUACCAAGUACAAGACCGCUGCCCAGAUCUCCGAGAAGGUCCUCAAGGAUGUCGCUGCUCUCUGCGUCGCUGGCGCCAAGAUUGUCGAGAUCUGCGAGAAGGGAGACCAGCUGAUCGAGGAGGAGGUUGCCAAAGUGUACAGGGGAAAGAAGAUCACCAAGGGCUUCUCGCACCCCACGACCGUUUCGCCCAGCUCCUAUGUGACACCUUACACCCCCCUCAAGACCGACGAGGCAGAGGCCGCCACGGAGCUCCAGGCGGGCGAGGCCGUCAAGAUCCAGCUUGGCGCCCAGAUCGACGGAUUCGGUUCGAUUGUGUGCGAUACCAUCCUCGUGCCCAAGGAAGGCGGUGAGGAUGUCGUAACCGGCCGCGACGCCGACCUGAUGCUGGCGAACUACUAUGCCAACGAGCUACUCCUGCGCCUGAUGGUCCCCCCUGGACUGCUUGCCCAGGGCACCGACGAGGAGAAGGCCAAGGCGGCUGCCGCAAAGCCGUACACCCAGACCAAGAUCACCAGCCUGCUGGAGAAGGUCACCAAGGCGUACGAUGUUAACCUUGUGGAGAGCACUACCUCUUGGCUCUUUGGCCGGAAUGAGAUCGAGGGCUCAAAGAAGAUUGUCAUCGCCCCUGGCGAGGGAGCCAAGGGAGAGGGUGUCCCCGAGGUUGGUGAGGUCUGGGGUGUUGAGAUGGGCGUCAGCUUGGGAACCGGUAAAGUGAAGCAGCUGGAUCAGAGAGCCACCCUGCACCGCCGUACCACCACUACCUACGGCCUGAAGCGCCCGACGUCGAGGAAGGUUCUUUCGGAGGUGCAGAAGAAGUUCGGCACGUUCCCCUUCAGCUUGAGGCAGCUUGAGGAUGAACGUGACGCAAAGUCAGGUGUCGUCGAGUGCGUGCGUGGCAACGUCUUCCGCCAGUACGAACUUGUUGGCGACAAAGAUGGCGCAGCAGUCGCCAGGCUGUUGACCACUCUUGCCAUCACCAAGAACGGCAUCACCAAGCUGGGAGCUGCCCCGCCCCUGGACGUGAGCAAGUACCAGACAGACAAGAAAAUCGAGGACGAGGAGGUUCUCAAGAUCUUGGAGCAGCCUUUGUCGCGUAACACCGGCAACAAGAAGAAGAAGCCAAAGAAGAAGACCAAGAAGCCUGCGGCUAAGAAGGAGGGAGAGGAGAGCGACGAGGAGAGCGACGAGUAG